AAGAUAUUUAUAUGUUUUUGCCUUUUUAGGAAACUACAAUCUCAUUGAAAAUACACACUAUUCAGAUCAGUACUAAGAGUGAAGAGUCCUGGAUAACUUGGAGUUGCAAUUAUAUUUCACCACAGAUCCAUUUUUAUAGGAAUAUAUACAAAUACCUCUUGGAAUCCCAAUGUUAUCUUCACUGCAUUUUCAGAUUGUUUAUAUCCUGGACAACUUACACUGAGCUUCAGGAUUGGGUCUCAUAUUCCUGGUGCCUAAAGGGGAAAUUAUGGAGAUGAGAAAUACUACCCCAGACUUUAUUCUCCUAGGACUCUUUAACCGCACCACAGCCCACCAAGUCCUCUUCAUGAUGCUUCUGGCCACCGUUUUGACCUCCCUGUUUAGCAAUUCCCUCAUGAUUCUCCUGAUUCACCGGGACCGCCGGCUCCACACGCCCAUGUACUUCCUCCUGAGCCAACUCUCCCUCAUGGACGUGAUGCUGGUUUCCACCACUGUGCCCAAAAUGGCGGCUGACUACUUGACCGGAAAUAAGGCCAUCUCCCGCGCUGGCUGUGGUGUGCAGAUCUUCUUCCUCCCCACACUGGGUGGUGGAGAGUGCUUCCUCUUAGCAGCCAUGGCCUAUGACCGCUAUGCGGCUGUCUGCCACCCACUCCGAUAUCCCACUCUCAUGAGCUGGCAGCUGUGCCUGAGGAUGACCAUGUUGUCUUGGCUCCUGGGUGCAGCUGACGGCCUCCUGCAGGCUGUUGUUACCCUGAGCUUCCCAUAUUGCGGUGCACACGAGAUCGAUCACUUCUUCUGCGAGGCCCCCGUGCUGGUUCGUUUGGCUUGUGCUGACACUUCAGUCUUCGAAAACGCCAUGUACAUCUGCUGUGUGUUAAUGCUCCUGGUCCCCUUUUCCCUCAUCCUGUCCUCCUAUGGUCUCAUCCUCGCUGCUGUUCUGCACAUGCGCUCUACAGAAGCCCGCAAGAAGGCCUUUGCCACCUGCUCUUCACAUUUGGCUGUGGUGGGACUCUUUUAUGGAGCUGCCAUUUUUACCUAUAUGAGACCCAAAUCCCACAGGUCCACUAACCACGACAAGGUUGUGUCAGCCUUCUAUAGUAUGUUCACCCCUUUACUAAACCCCCUCAUCUACAGUGUGAGGAACAGUGAGGUUAAGGAAGCCCUGAAACAGUGGCUGGGGAUGUGUGUAAACCUAAAACACCUGCAAAAUGAGGCCCACAGGUCAAGAUGAUCUAGUGUCAGAUGAGUCUAAUUUCCUGAAUUUAUUAACAUUUUAACACAAUGUAAUUCUCUCCCUUUAGUAAUUCAUGAAGAGAAAAUUAAGUUUGUGUAUUGAUAUAAUAAAUUUUUAAGAAUGAAGUGAGCCAAUUGUAUUGACAGAUACCAUUUUUGAGCAUUUAUGUACUUUUCUUCAAGUGAAGUAAUACCUAUAGAUUACUUUGUAUCCUACAACAACCCCAUGAUAUAAGUUUUCUUUUUUUCUUUUGCAAACUCCAAAUCUUUAAAAGGUGUCCCAAAUUUUUCAUCAGAAAUAUCUCUACUUACCUAUGCCUUGGGGGAAGUAAGGUAACCCAAUAAUGUAUAAGGUUGUUGAGUGUUACUCAAUUUCCUACUAUCUGAAAAAAGAAAUUAACACAUGUAAAGUUAAAUAUGGUUCCUAAUUUCACAUAGCACAGAAAUAUUAAAAAGUGACUCCAAAGCUUGUACCCUAACCUGGAAAAGUUUAUUUCUGUUCAAUAAUGUAUUUUGAGUGUUAUUUCCCAUGUGUAUGCUCUACGAUUAAAAACUAAAUAUAAGGACUCCACCAAAGACAAAUAACAUUAUUUUUAAGUUAUAUUUUAAAAUAUAGAUGUAUGACAAAAGGGGAAGUACACAACUCAAAUGUAACUGCUAUAUUGUCACAAUCUUUUUUUUAUUUUUUCCAGUCUCUUUUUAUUUGGUGUUUUAAGGCAAACUUUGUUUAAUUUAUGUAAUUUUUUAUUUAAGUAAUAUUUAUCUUUUCCAAGAGUGUCAUUGUAAUUGCAGUGGAAAAUUGUUUUAAACUACAAAUAAGUUCUCUUUUCUACACGUGCUUUAAGGUUACCUUGACUUAUUGACAUACCUUCAUCGAUAUGAACUCUGAAUUGCAUAAUCAUGCUGAAUCUUAACAGUAACUAACAAUGAGUUAUCAAAGCUGAGUAAGACUCAACAACCUUAUACAUUAUUGGGUUACCUUACUUCUCCCAAGGCAUAGGUAAGUAGAGAUAUUUCUGAUGAAAUAUUUGGGACACCUUUUAAAGGUUUGGAGUUUGCAGAGGAAAAAAAGAAGACUAUACUAUUAAUAAAGACACAAGAUAGAUAGUGAUGGAGGAAAGCAGUGGUUAUCAAAGCCAAAUUGUAAUCAGAGACUGGAUAUCAAAUUGUCUUAGAGAGUUUGAUGAUAAAGGCUAUAUUUCCCUUAUGUAAAACACACUUAAGAAAUAAUAUAAGUUUUUAACAUGAAGCAGGAAAUAACUAAGAGCUUCCAGGGACAAUGUAUCUUCAAUAUAAGUGUCUGAAAGUUAACCUGCCAUUUCAGACCAACCUGAAUUUCAAAAGGUACCUGUUCUAGAACAAGUGAAAGGAGUUUCCUGCUUCAUCUAGAUCUUCAGGUUCCAAAGCAGUAAUAUAGUUAAGAUAGUACCUUAACCACUGCAUGCAGAUCCUGAGCCCAUGUCUUAAGAGAAGGUUAUUCAGUAAACUCUUGUCUCCUUGGAAGACUUGAGGAUGACAGGAGAGAGUGUCAUCUGUUUAAGACUAAGAGUUUCCUACUCUUGUUAAUUAAUCUCCUUACCCAGUGUUAGAGUGAGAAAGGAACAGAACCGCACAAAUUCUGUCAUUAUACCAUCUAAAAAAUCUUCUCUUAUAAUGGGUGAAAAUUACACAAGUACAUGUAGUCGUGGAAAUUUCAUUACUCAUACCAGGUUCAUUCACCAUCAGAGAAAUUAUUUUAGAACACGUUGAGUUACAAAUGGUAAACUAAGCCUUUAAAAUUUUGUAAGGAUAAAAUAUUCUAACCAGAAAAUUAAGCCUAAUGUUCAGGAGAAAACUAAAACAACAACAACAACAAAACCACGGAAUGAACAUUAUCUCCAAGCAAAUGUAAGACAUUAAUAAAAACACACAAAAUAUGUAUAAAAAUAGACAUAUGUUUCAAAGAAGUGGUAUUUCAGACUAGUUAUCUGAUCACAAUGAAAAUAAAUAUGAAAUAAAAAAUUUAAAUACUUUUAGAAAUUAUAUGUUCAUUUCUUAUUGCUUUUGUAACUUGCAGAUGUUUCUACUCUUAUUUUCUUAAUAAAGGUUUGCAUAGAAAAUCUUCAAAAUCUUCGAAAUGACGGGUUAACUUUCAGACACUUAUAUUGAAGAUACAUUGUCUCUGGAAGCUUUUAGUUAUUUCCCAUUGUGUGUUUGAAAAUGAGCAGAUAUGGUUCUUAUGAAUCUCUAAAGUUAAAGAAGGAGUACCUGAUAGAGACAGAGUAUACAAGAGCAUGAAUGGUAGAAACAAAAUUUUGAAUGAGGAGUUACUUCGAACAUAUGAAGCUCUAGCACCCAGUAACACGGAAUCAAGAUGAGGCUUUGAACUAAUCUUGGAUAUUACCUGCUAUCUUCAAUCAUUCUGGCUCUUUCCUUUAUACUGCCUGUAUAUUCUGUUUAAUGUGUAAUUUUUAAGUCAUUAAGAAACAUAAUGUUGCGGCUCCGACUAGAAUUUAUUCAUCUUCUGCUGUGCAGAAGCUCUUUAGUUUAAUUAGAUCCCAUUUGUCAAUUUUGGCUUUUGUUGCCAUUGCUUUGGUGUUUUAGUCAUGAAGUCUUUGCCCAUGCCUAUGUCCUGAAUGGUACUGCCUAGGUUUUCUUCUAGGGUUUUUAUGGUUUUAUGUUUUAUGUUUAAGUCUUCAUCUUGAGUGAAUUUUUGUAUAAAGUUGAAGGAAGGGGUCCAGUUUCAGUUUUCUCCAUAUGGCUAGCCAGUUUUCCCAACAUCAUUUAUUAAAAAGGGAAUCCUUUCCCCAUUACUUGUUUUUGUCAGGUUUGUCAAAGAACAGAUGGUUGUAUGGCAUUAAUUCUGAGGCCUCUGUUCUGUUUAUUGGUCUAUAUAUCUGUUUUGGUACUAGUACCAUGCUGUUUUCGUUACUGCAGCCUUGUAGUAAAGUUUAAAGUCAGGUAGCGUGAUGCCACCAGCUUUGUUCUUUUUGCUUAGGAUUGUCUUGGCUAAAUGGGCUCUUUAUUGAUUCCAUAUGAAAUUUAAAGUAUUUUUUUCUAAUUCUGUGAAGAAAGUCUAUGGUAGCUUGAUGGGGAUAGCAUUGCAUGUAUUAAUUACUUUGGGCAGUAUGGUGAUUUUCAUGGUAUUGAUUCUUCCUAUCCAUGAGCAUGGAAUAUUUUUUCAUUUGUCUGUGUCCUCUCUUAUUUCCUUGAGGAGUGGUUUGUAGUUCUCCUUGAAGAGGUCCUUCAUAUCCCUUAUAAGUUGUAUUCCUAGGUGUUUUAGUCCCUUUGUAGCAAUUCUGAAUGGGAAUUCACUCAUGAUUUGGCUCUCUGUCUAUUAUUGGUGUAUGGGAAAGCUUGUGAUUUUUACACAUUGAUAUUGUAUCCUGAGGCUUUGCUGAAGUUGCUUAUCAGCUUAAGGAGAUUUUGAGCUGAGAUGAUGGGGUGUUCUAAAUAUGCAAUCAUGUAAUCUGCAAACACAGACAGUUUGACUUCCUCUCUUCAUUUGGAUUCAUCAGAGUAAACAGGCAACUUAGAGAAUGGGAGAAAAUUUUUGCAAUCUAUCCAUCUGACAAAUGGCUAAUAUCAAGAAUCUACAAGGAACUUAAACAUAUUUAUGAGAAAAAAAUAAACAACCCCAUCAAAAAGUGGGCAAAGUAUAUGAACAGACAUUUCUCAAACUAAAACAUUUAUGUGGCCAAGAAAUAUAUGAAAAAAAGCUCAUCAUCACUGGUCGUUAUAGAAAUGCAAAUCGAAACCACAGUGAGAUACCAUGUCACACCAGUUAGAAUGGCAAUUAUUAAAAAGUCACCAACAUGGCACAUGUACACAUAUGUAACAAACCUGCACGUUGUGCACAUGUACCCUAAAACUUAAAGUAUAAUAAAAUAAAGUAAAAAAAGUCAGGAAACAACAGAUGCUGGCACGGAUGUGGAGAAAUAGCAACGCUUUUACCACGUUGUUUUGGGAGUGUAAAUUAGUUCAACCAUUGUGGAAGACAGUGUGGUGAUUCCUCAAGGAUCUAGAACUAGAAAUACCAUUUGACCCAGAAAUCCCAUUUCUGGGUAUAUACGCAAAGGAUUUUAAAUCAUUCCACUAAAAAGACACAUGCGCACAUAUGUUUAUUGCAGUUAUUCCCAAUAGCAAAUAUGUGAAUCCAACCCAAAAGCCCGUCAAUGACAGACUGGCUAAAGUAGAUGUGGCACAUAUACACCACAAAUACUAUACACCCAUUGGAAAGGAUGAGUUUAUGUCCUUUGCAGGGACAUGGAUGAAGCUGGAGACCAUCAUUCCCAGGAAACUAACACAGGAACAGAAAACCAAAAACUGCAUGUUCUCAUUCAUAAGUGGAAUUAAAUAGGGAAUCCCUUCCCCAUUGCUUGUUUUUGUCAGGGUUGUCAAAGAACAGAUGGUUGUAUGGCAUUAAUUCUGAGGCCUCUGUUCUGUUUAUGAGGCCUCUGUUCAUGAACAAUGAGAAUACAUGGACACAGGGAGGGAAA